GAUGAAUUAUGUGAAUCAUUAAUUUGAUUUCAACACUCUCUCCAUCGCCACCGUCUCUCCGGCAUCUCCCAGCCAUCGACUCCACCUUCCCCUGCUAUAUUCCAUCUUCUUCCAUUUCUAUCCCUCUGCUUUAUCACGUACUCCUAUUGAACUUUGAUUUCAAGGUUUGGAGCUCUUAACACCCAAAUUCAUUUUCGAUUAACCGUCUAAUCGAUUGAGUAAUCCGUUUGUUUGGGCUAAUUUUCACGCUCCUCACCACAACUAUUAUCCGCCUAUUAUUUCUAGAAAUUGAAUUUUCUGAUCUUCCUUGGUAUUGAGGUCGGACAGUCUUUGGUGAUUGAGGAUCCAGAUGGUGAUUUUGUUGUCACUGCAUUUGAUGCCAAUUAUUGACCGGGUUAUUAACUGUAUAUGGAAAACCCCCCAGAUGCCAAUGUGGUGUAUUUGGCAUGAGGUCAAGAAGAAAUACUUGUCAAGGUGUCGCAAACAUUUGUUCCUACUAUUUGAUGGCUUCCCCAAACUAUUUGAAAGAGCUGGAGCGAAGAUUGCUGAGGCUUGUGCCAGUUUUCAGCACGGACAUCUUAUUAUAUGUACUUCUUCACAUGGUAUGCUUGUAAUGAGGAUUUUUGGAAGAUGUAAAAGCAAAGAGUCGAUCAAGUUGUCAAAGAUAUAUGUGGAAUUUGGUACAUCUGUUACUGAAUACACUCAUCCAGAGAAGAAUUGGAUUGGGCCUUGCGACUUCUUGAACCUAAAUGGGUAGUGGCAUCAACGUCUAGUAGCAGGGCUAUGGAGCUGGAUUAUGUUAAGAAGCACUGCUUUAAAAUCGACAAGCAUUUGAUGACUCUCUGAACUCUGUGCAUAUUUCUUGAUAUUAAAACUGUAGAGUCAUUAUUAGUUCAAGAUGAAUCAAAUAAAAUUUAGGCUGCCCGCAUGUGCAGGACGAAAUUUCCAGUUGCUAUGCAGAAGCACAAUCUUGAUCUUUUGUCAUCCACCUUCCAGCAGAAACGGUUGAAUCGAUCUCUCCAAGCACAAGGCUAAUGGUCACAUUAUUUAGACAAGCGACGAUUGGUCUCCCCUAUUCGGCAUUCCUACAUGAAUGUAAAGAUGCAGCAGCCAUUUGUAAAAUCCGAAGAUCAAUUGGUAACAAUUAAACAAGUUAGUUUUCUGGAACAAAUUGCAAGGGGCCCUACCAGUACUUAUGAUAAGGAGAUUUUCACCAUUAUUUCAAUGGUGAAAGAAUGGAUGGAGUGAAGCUGGUAGCCUGGUACUGAACUAAAGAAUGUUCACUAAGUGAGUCCUCUCUUUUUAUGCUCCAAUAAUUAUGAAUUUCAGUGAGAGUGCUGAUUAUUUCGCCUGCACACUCGCAAAUUGACCAGUUACUUGGUUUAUGUUUAUUAAACCAAGUAUCUUUCUGAUGACACCCCAGGAUUGACAAUUACAUAUAUAGAUAUGUAUCUUAUUCCUGUCCACAGUACAAAAAUUUCCCGGAUGGAACAAUCAGGCUCUCUAAUCCUUUUUCCUUUAUAUUUUCCUUUCCGCGAGAUCUGCGAAAGUGUACUGGUAAGAAUGAAAUUGACAGGAAAAUAAGGGAGUGACAUAUACCUCACAACUGAGUUACAUUCAUCAAGUUUUAGUACUGACCAUUUACUUAUUUGCAGAAGUUCUUUCUGUUUAUUAAUGAAUUUCAAUAUGGAAAAUGAUGUUACAGGUCAAGUAUCUAAAGGAACAGCUAUGGUACUUGUGGAGCAAUUAAAACAUUUUUUUAUCAAAUAAGUUCCUUUCAAGAACAUGUCUGCAACCUCCAAGUGGUUGAAAGGAUGCACAGGGCUGCAGAUAUUGUUUGCUAACGGGAACACCUGAUUUCUCUUAAAAGAUGGUGGCAGUUCUCAUUUUACUUUAAAUGGCUUGCAACCAAAAUUUCUUCAUGCUCGUGUCUAUAGAUCCAUGAGAAGGCUGUAAGGUACUGGAAAGAAAAUAAAAAGAAGUUUCAAGCUUUAAAGUCUAGUUUAUGACCGUAGCUUGUGUCAAAAUUCUUCAUAUAGUUAUUUAUUUAUGGAGCUUGUUGCUAGCAUAUUCUCAGAAAACUCAAACAGUAGAAUGUUUAGGCACUUCUCACAAUUUAAACAAUCUUAAGGCAAUGAAUGAUGUAAUAUAUCACAUUGUUUCAGGAUUUCUCUUAGAAGUUGGUCGCAUUUUUCAUCUUACUUUAAAUUUCUUGCAAUAAUGGAUGACCAAAUUUUCUUCAUGCUCCUGUCUAUCAUUCCGUGAGAAGGCUGUGAUAAGUGUUACUACCUCUUUUAAAAAAUAGGCAGUUCGCAUUUACUUGCCAGAUUGUGCAGUAUUAACUCUCCUGGGUUGUUUAAUAUAUUGUUGCGAAACGGACAAGCAAUCCAAGCCUGCAAUUUAAAGUGUUCAUCUGACCAACUUUUUAUCUCUGAUAUUUGCUUUUUUUGUUGGUGCAGCAAUAAAUAACAUUUUGAAACUGAUAUGCACCAACAAGGAGGUUUGCUUGCACAGUGUUUUUAAAAUCUCACAGCUUAUGUUCCUUUUAUUUCAUUGUGUUCAGUUAUCCCGUGAGAUAAUAGAAUCGAGGGUGCUUCAAUGUGUUUAUGGUUCACAUAGAUUUAUUCCUUUUAAUGAUUUUUGAAAUAAAUAAAGCUAUACAGUAUUAAAGUAGCAUUAAAGUUUGCAACCAAUGCAUUUCUUCGCAUUAUAUAUCGGAGAUGAUUCCUUUGGCGUGUCUAGAGAUAACAUUAGUGAGCUCUUUAAGUACAGAAAGUCAGAAACUCAUUAAUUGUCUUGACGCACAGAGUUGAGUCAUUUACGAUGAUAGAUUACUCGAGCGUCCAUUACAAGCGUUGACAAUGAGACCUGAUUCAAUGCAUUUCUCUUACCUUUUUCCCCUAUAUGUAAUUCGUCCAAAGUGACAAAAUCAGUUUCAGAACUUUACUUCUCUCCAGCUAUGAAUCGAUGCAUUUCUCUUACCUUUUUCCCCUAUAAAUUAUGAUUUGAACUUCACUUCAGACGCCACAGACAUAACUAAUCAUCUUGUAAGAGGCUCUAUUUUUCUGCAAUGGCAACCUUGAGAACCAGUCGCGGAGCAAGCUUGAGCAGAAAGACUUGCAGAAGAUGGCACUGGACACAGGAGGAAGACGACCUCUUAACUUCCCUUGUCCAGAUGCAUGGUCCGGGGAAGUGGGAUCAAAUUGCAACUCAUAUCCCAGGGAGAUCAGGGAAGAGCUGUAGGAUAAGGUGGCUCAACCAAUUACACCCAGGGGUUGAUAAGAAACCGUUCAGCGUAGAAGAGAAGCAAAGGCUGCUUGUGCUUCACAGACAAUUAGGAAACAAGUGGGCUGUCAUUGCCCAUUACUUCCCUGGUCGAACAGAUAACCAAGUGAAGAACCAGUACCAUAUACUGGCAGGGACUCGGAAAUCUGCUCCUUUCCCUCCCAGAAAUGAUCCCCAUGUCCCUCUGGACAAUGAAUCUAGAGGUUUGUUUCAAAACCUGAGCAUUUCAAUGGUUGGUUCUCAUUUUUCUGGUGUUUCCAGCCUAGGAACAAACUAUCAUGGAUCGGCUCCCAUGGUGGGUGUGAUGCCUGGCUUGAUUAGCAGCUCCUCGUCUGUGUAUGGCAUGGGUGGAUAUCUUACCCAGGUUGGGACGGCCAUCCCGAGUAGCCUUGGUCCUCGCCCAAGCUAUGGCAAUUCCAUGAUCUCUGAUGCAAAUUCUGCAAGUGUUGGAGGUUAUGAAUUCAUGGACUUUUUCAGGGUUGGAAUUGGUAGUUCAGAUUAAAGAGUGGUUGCUUAUGUUGUUAUGCUUUUCUCACCUUGCUCUCUUAUUUCAUCUAUUCUGGAGCGUGUUUGUUUUCGUAUGUUGAGUUUGGAGACUACUGUUUGGUGAUUUUGAUAGAGUGGAGACAAGGAUUUUUCAUGGUUGUUGGUUUCAUUCUUGAUAUCCGACUUAUAAAAUUAUAUUAUUGGAUCAAAA